ACUGCAUCUAUUUUCAAACCCACCACUAUGGUAUACGGUAAUAAUAUCACACUAACCAUGUUUAAAAGGGAAUGGAACGGAGUGAACAUCUUCUGUUGUCGUCAUAAUAAAUGGUACAGUACGCCUAGAAAAUGCUCCGAACCAAAAAAAGUUAACUUCUUGUUUCCUCCAUCUGACAUCAAACUUGAAAUAAAAUAUGACUCUGUAGAUCCACUUCGUAUGUAUGCUGCAUGUACCCUGAACAAUUCCAAUCCGGCUUGCAGGGCUAAUUUUAGGGCAGCAAGCGAAGUCAUUGGUUUAGAAAGGAACUCAAGUAACACGAGUCUCCCACGUGGUGCGUGGAAAACAAAGUAUGUCGUUCGCUUGAAUGUCAGUAAAGAAGACGAUGGUAAAGAUGUAACAUGUGCUGCCGAAUGUGCAGACUUCCAAGACCUGGAACUCAGAGAUACAAAAACAAUAAAAGUCCCAUACCACCCCGUCAUAAAGUUCAACAUUUCUGGACCAAUGUUAAGUAUUACUAAAGGAGAAAGAGCACAAGUUAAAUGUAUAGCUGAUAGCUUCCCCGCUUCUAAUAUAUCUUGGAUUGAGAAGACAGAUAAGGGAGUCAAAGCCAAGAAGCAAUGUGAUAACAAACAGGAAUGUGUGUUAGACGUAAAUGCAGAUGUCAUCUCUAGGCAACACUUUGUGUGUGCGAUACGCUAUUUGCAAUUCAACGAUAAUAAAACUUUGAUUAUUAACAUCCACGAACCUGACAGUGUUAUAAAUGUGAUACUUAUUGCCGGAAUAUGCUCAGCGCUUCUGGUAAUAGUUGUCAUAGUUGUCUUAAUCAUCAGAGACAAACGGAACAAUGAUCAAGCGAAACAUGAAACAGUUCUUGAAAGAAACAGUCUUCCUUUGCGAGAAAAUGAAUAUAAUGAAACAAGAAACGAUGUUGUCGAUGCAGACGAUCAGAUGGAAGUUGCAUAUUCCCAACAAAUAAAGAAGCAAAACGUUGCCACAGUGUGUGAGGAUACAUAUGCUGAAGUAGAUAAAACAAGAAAUAAAGAACAACCAGCUACAUGUUCAGCCACCGAGAGUCAGCGCACUGAAGAUGGACAGCUUAUGUAUGUUGACCUGGAGUUCAAUGCAGAUAGAAAGAUGCCAAAAGAAGCUGUCGUCAAGCGGCGUGAUUCACCUACUGAAUACGUUGGUAUAGAUUUCGCAAAGACUGCAGCUUAUGUUGCUGAAGAGAAUGACACGACAGAAAUGGACAGUAUCUAUGUAAAUCAGUAAAUUAAAAAAAGAAAA